AUGAUGGUCCGAUCCAACAACAACACUCUCAAAAAGUACCCGACAAAGAUGCCGACGGCAAUCUUCCUCGACUCGGGCGGGGUGAUCAACGACAACGCCAAACGUGCCCCUCAAUGGGUCCGAUACUUGGGAGAAUAUCUCCCCACGACGGCCCUUGGUGGGAAUGCACAGGUCUGGGGGAUGGCGAAUGUGGAAAUGAUUGGGCCGUUCUUUCGUCGGUGGCAUGAGUUUAUGGACCAGGCUACUCUGCUUGCUGCACAGGCUCGGGAUAGAGAAAAGGCGAUGACAACGGUGGUUGAUGGUAGCGGCGGCGAGGUGGGAGAGAAGGAGAGGGAGGAGACGAAUGUGUACAGGAUCUUUGAGAGACUGCACUUGCUGAUCUGGAUAAAAGAGAUGUGCCAGAUCGCCUCCCGCCACCUCCCAGUCAACCACCCUCUCGUCUUCAAGACCCUCCCUUCCCUGACAGACGACGACCUCUUCCGAAUCGCGAAAUCUGCUCACGUCUAUGCGAUCCAACGAGUCCGUGCCGAUUUCCCAGGCGCCCUUUCCGCGAUUCGCUCGAUCAAGGCCAUGCCCGAGGGGUUGACGUUGUAUACGAGUUCUGCGGAUAGUUUUGAGGAUCUGGAGACGAUUCUGAGAGGAUUGGGAGUGUUUGAGGAGUUUGAUGGGGUGUUUGGGGCGGAUAGGGUGGACUGUUUGAAGAAUUCGGACGAGUAUUAUCGACGCGUGUUUGAGGCUAAUGGCGUGCGGUGUGUCGUUUCUAGGAAGGAGGAUGUUGCAAUUGCAGAUGGUGGUCAGCAGGGAGGUAUCAAAGGGAAGUAUGAUGUCAAGAAUGACGACGAUAACGAGAAGGAAGAAGAGGUUGAGGUGGUGGUGGUGGAUGAUAGCGUGAAGGCAUUGAAGUAUGCGCAUAUACAUGGAGCAAGGACGGUGUUGAUUACAUCUUCCGAUGAGGAGUUGGACUUGUCCUUGGAGCAGAACAGACAUGUUGAUUAUCAGCUGAAAGCACUUGCGGACCUGCCUGCGCUGUUGGAUUCCUGGAGGGAGCACUUUUCUCGAUCCUCUUGA